CUGGUGCUUUCUGCCCGCCUGUGACCAGCUUGGGGCCGGGCCGGCCGGGCUGGCUCCUCCCUCCCUCCUCCUCCUCCUCCUCCCCGGGAGGAUGCUGCGCGGGUGGGGUCUCCUCUCCCGCAGGGCCACGGCCGGCCAGCUGCGCAAAGAGGAGGCGACGGCGGCGGCUGGCUGGUGCGCUCUCGCCGGACUCCCGCGUUCCCAGCCAUGGCCGCCGGCACGGCCGAGCUCGUCGCCUUCCUGCUGGUCAUCUCGGGCUGGGUGCUGGUGUCGUCCACGCUGCCCACCGACUACUGGAAGGUGUCCUCCAUCGACGGCACGGUCAUCACCACCGCCACCUUCUGGGCCAACCUCUGGAAGACCUGCGUGACCGACUCCACCGGCGUCUCCAACUGCAAGGACUUCCCCUCCAUGCUGGCGCUCGACGGUUACAUCCAAGCUUGCAGGGGACUGAUGAUCGCCGCCAUCUGCCUUGGCUUUUUCGGCUCCAUCUUUGCCCUGGUUGGGAUGAAGUGCACAAAAAUUGGAGGCUCAGAACAGAAUAAAGCUAGAAUUGCUUGUUUAGCAGGGAUGAUUUUCAUCCUUUGUGGGCUGUGCGCCAUGACGAGCUGUUCCUUGUACGCAAACCGAAUCACCGUCGAAUUCUUUGACCCUUCGUACGUCGCUCAAAAGUAUGAACUAGGAGCAGCUUUGUUCAUCGGAUGGGCGGGAUCGUCGCUUUGCAUAAUUGGCGGCAGCAUAUUCUGCUUCUCAUUGGUUAAAGACAAUAAGAAUCGAAGGAUGGGAUAUACGUACAACACAGCGGCUUCGGCGAUAUCAACUCGAACAAAGGUCUACAACGACUCGCCAGAUUUGAAAUCACCCAGCGCCUCCCCAAAGCACUUUGACAAAAACGUCUAUGUGUAAACCCCGAUGGUUCCAAGAGUCCUAUUUUUAUAAAUCGUGUUUGUGCUGUUCAUUCACAGAAUAAUUUUUUAGAAAGGCACUGGUGUCGUUUGCACCGGGAACGAAAAUAUUUUAUAAAUGAACUUUUUGUCUACUUGUAAAUUUUCCUCAUGCCUUGUAUUAAGAUUUAUACAGAUGCCGUGCGUAAAUUAUAUCUGUAAAUCAUUUACUAUUUUUGCUUUCUGUAAAAAAAAACAACCAUUUACAAAUAAAGUCAUAUUGGCUGUG